CCUAAACACACGAUGAUCUUGGAAAUAUUUACUAUAUUGGUGGGGGGUCUUAUAUUUCUUGUAGCUUAUUGGUAUUACACAUAUUUGUGGUACAAUAAACAUUUGAAGAAAAUUGAUGGACCAACACCAAUACCACUUAUAGGAAAUGCAUUGGAAUUUGGAGAUUCAGACACUUUUCUGCCCAUCCAACAAAAACUUACGGAGAAGUAUAAUGGGAUUGUGAAAAUCAUGAUGGGUUUUGAAUUUAUUUUAAUUGUAACCGAUUACAAAAUGCUUGAGUUCUUCUUGAGUUCCACCAAAAUUAUCGAGAAGAGUAGAUCUUACAGGUAUAUGCACAAGUGGCUUGGAUUUGGUUUACUUACAAGCAAAGGAAGAAAAUGGAAGCAGAGAAGGAGGAUGAUUACUCCAGCAUAUCACUUCAAUAUUCUUGAACAGUUCAUCGAAGUAUUUGAUAAAAAUGGGGUCAUCUUAUUGGAAAAAAUUAAGAAGGAAGUUGGAAAGAAGUCUACAGAUAUUUACCCUUACGUAACAUUGUGUGCAUUGGAUAUCAUCUGCGAAACUGCGAUGGGAACAUCCGUGAAUGCCCAGAUUAACGAAGAUUCAAAGUAUGUAAAGUGCGUGAAAACAAUGUGUAGAAUUAUCACCGACCGUGCUUUCCACCCAAGUCAACAGACUGAAUUAACUUACCGUUUCAACAAAAAUUACCGCAAAGAAGAAGAAGCGAUUGGAGUCCUUCACAAUUAUACUCUGUCAGUUAUUAGAAAUAGGAGAGAUGCUCUUGUCAACAAACAAGAAAACAAGAAGGUGGAUACUGAUGAUAUUGGAGCAAAGAAACGAGUCGCAUUUUUGGACAUGUUACUUCAAUCCACAAUUGAAGGACAGCCCCUCUCCGAUGAAGACAUCAGAGAAGAAGUUGAUACAUUUAUGUUCGAGGGCCAUGAUACUACUGCGUCUGCAAUGAGUUUUGCACUUUAUUUCCUUGCUAACAAUCCAGAUGCCCAAGAAAAGGUGAUUGAAGAACAAAAAUCUAUAUUUGGGGAUGAACCUAACAGAUCAACUUCCUACUCCGAUUUGACCGAAAUGAAGUAUUUAGAAAUGUGCAUCAAAGAAACUUUACGUCUUUGUCCGUCCGUUCCCUUCUUUGCCAGAGAAUGCGCCGAGGACGUCAAAUAUUCCGAUGACAUAAUAAUUAAAAAGGGUACCACUAUUGACAUGUUCGUUUAUGGCAUGCAUAUGAAUGAGAAAUACUUCCCUGAACCAGAGAAGUUUGAUCCAGACAGAUUCUUACCAGAAAACUUCGAUGGAAAAUUGCCUUACUCGUUCCUUCCAUUCAGCGCUGGCUUGCGCAAUUGUAUCGGUCAAAAAUUUGCAAUGUUGGAAAUGAAGUGCACCGUAUCAAAGGUGAUUAGAAACUACAAAUUGCAUGCAGUAGUUCCCCAUCAUAAAAUAUUGUUAAGAGCGGAAACCAUUUUAAAAUCAGGAAAUGGUGUUUUCGUAGGAAUUGAAAAUAGGCAAUGGUUGAUCGUUACAGCAAUUGUAAUAAUGGCGACAUUCGUCGCUUCCAUUAUAGCUCUUUGGUACAUAAAUUGGUAUUAUUAUACUAAAGGUAUCAAAAAUUGCGUUGGACCAAAACCGGUUCCAAUAUUGGGCAAUGCUUUGGAAUUCAAAGGAUCUAAUUCUUUCUUACCUUACCAAAUAAAAUUACAACAAAAAUAUGGAGGUUUUGUUAGGAUGAUAAUGGGCUUCGAUGUAAUUUUUGUCGUUUCUGAUUAUAAACUGUUAGAAUUUUUCUUCAGUACGACAGUAGCUAACGACAAAGCGAGAGCAUAUAGAUUUUUUCAUAAGUGGUUGGGAUUGGGUCUUUUAACGAGCGGUGGCACAAAAUGGAAGAAGAGGAGGAGAAUGAUUACUCCAGCGUACCAUUUUCAAAUUUUAGAUCAAUUUAUAGAAACCUUUGAUAAAAAUGCCAGCAUUCUUGUACAGCAGUUGAGACAAGAAGUUGGGAAAUCCUUUACAGAUAUUUAUCCCCAUGUAACAUUAUGUGCUUUGGAUAUCAUCUGUGAAACUGCCAUGGGAUCUUCGGUUAAUGCUCAACUAAAUAAAGAAACAGAAUAUGUUCAAAGUGUAAAAAAGAUGUGCAAAAUUGUUGUUGAAAGGUCAUUUUCUGCUCUGCAAAGAAGAGAUUUCUACUAUCGCUUCCAUGAAAAUUAUCUGAUAGAGAAGAAAGCUUUAAAAGUUCUUCAUGAUUACACAAUGUCUGUAAUUAAAAGUCGUCGCGAAACGAUAAUUGAAAAUCAAAUUGAAAAUGAGAGUAAUAAUGAAGCCGAUGAUUUGGGAAAGAAAAAACGUUUUGCUUUCUUAGAUCUCCUACUGCAAUCAUCUAUAGACGGGAAACCUCUGACUGAUGAGGAUAUUAGAGAAGAAGUCGACACAUUCAUGUUUGAGGGGCACGAUACGACAACAUCUGCUAUUAGUUUUGCUUUAUAUUCGAUAGCACAAAAUUAUGAUGUGCAAAAUAAAAUCAUUGAGGAACAUAAACUUGUAUUUGGAGACGAUUUUGAUCGUAUCCCAACACACAGAGAUCUCCAGGAAAUGAAAUAUUUGGAUAUGGUUAUUAAAGAAACCCUUAGAAUGUACCCAUCAGUUCCUUUCUUUGGCAGAUCGAUUGCGAAAGAUUGUAAAUACUCUGAUGACCUCCAAUUCAAAAAAGGAACUCAAAUCAAUCUGUUCAUCUACGGCAUUCAUUAUAAUCCAGAAUAUUAUCCAGAUCCCUAUAAAUUUGACCCUGAAAGAUUUUCUCCAGACAGAUCGACAGGAACUAACCCAUAUGCUUAUGUUCCGUUCAGCGCAGGUGCCAGGAACUGCAUUGGUCAAAAAUUCGCAAUUUUGGAAAUGAAAUCUACAAUUUCGAAGGUCGUUAAAAAUUUCAUUUUACAUCCUGUUAUCCCUGCACAUAAGUUGGAUCUCGUCGCAGAAACUAUUUUGAAGUCAGCUAACGGUAUUUUGGUACGUUUAGAAAAUCGGUAUUAAAAUAUAAAAUAA